AAAAAAUCCACCAACAGGAAAGAAGUAUGUUAGAUGUCCUUGCAACUGCCUGCUAAUCUGUAAAGACACGUCUAGGAGGAUAGGAUGCCCUCGGCCCAACUGCAGACGGAUCAUCAACCUUAGUCCUGUGAUGGUGAUCCCAGAGGAGCAGCCCGCCCAGCCAGCUCUGCCAGUCCAGCCUGAGGGCAUGCGCGUGGUCUGCGGCCACUGCGGCAACACAUUCCUUGGCAGCGAUGAUGAUGAUGAUGAUGAGUGCUCCCAGUCUUCCUCAGGCCUGGCUAUUCGCGGCCCCUCUGAUCUUUUCAAGUGGAUGGAGCUCCGAUUCAAUACACUGGCCAAGUGCCCGCAUUGCAAAAAAAUAUCCUCUGUAGGCAGUGCUCUACCCAGAAGGCGCUGCUGUGCCUACAUUACAGUGGGAAUGAUCUGCAUUUUCAUCGGUAUCGGUUUAACGGUUGGCACUCAGGACUUUGCCAGGCGUUACCAUGCUACUUACGUGUCCUGGGCCUUCGCGUAUCUCCUGGGCCUCAUCUGUCUGGUACGGGCCUGCUACUGGGGAGCGAUUAAAGUCAGCUAUCCAGAGAACACCUUUGCGUAGACAAAGCGUCCAUCCUUCAUGUCCUUAGUGUUUGAUUUCUCUCGUUUUAAACAGGUUAACUGUUACAAGAACAUAAGAAUCCAGGGGGUGUAGGUACCUGCAAAUGUUUCAGAUUGAGUUAUUGAUUAGCUCUGAUGUACCUGUAACUGAUUUGAACCCGCGAUAUGAUGGCUUGAGGAGUUAAAGUGAAAUCUGUCAUUCAAAAACUAGAAAACGAAUACAAAUAAUCCAUUCGUGGUACACCUCUUGGAUUUGUCAUGGUGGGUGGAUAUCAAACAUAUUUUACGUGCUGCAUUUUGUUACCAACUUGACCAAAAGAGAUGAUCUUUUAUGAACAGUUUGCCCAUUGCACUACAAUUUUAUGCAACUCUUCUGUUGUGUUGCUGCUAGUUACUACAGCCGUUCUGAGCUGAGAGAUUUUAUGUGUUCAGAGAGCCUGCCAGCACCCACGGUGGCACUAUCUGUCACGUUCAGACAUAUUUAACUGUUCUUAAAAUCCUGUGCCAACAUUUUUUUGUUGUUCAGUGUCCGUUAGGGGAUCUCCCUCACUGCAAAAAAUGCUUUUCUAGCUUAGAUCUUUUGUCUUGUU